GCCACUGGCAAGUGGCGCUUUGAAGAUGCUUCUUUGUAAGAUUCUAGGAAGUCGCAAAUAUUCGCUAUUUACCAUCAUGCGGUAAGUUUCGGAAACAUUGCAAAAAAUGAGGGAACUAUUAAAACUAGAGCGGUUACCGCAAGGAGCUCAGUGAGUUUCACUUUGUAGUCGUGGUUAUUACAUCAUCGCGGUAUAGUGUGUUAGCGCGAAAUUUAAAAAUGGCGAAAUUAGCAGUGUUUGAUUUUGAUCAUACGAUCGUGGAUGAAGAUUCAGAUGCGAUAAUAAUAUCAAGACUGAGGGAAAAACGGCCUCCACCGGAAUAUGAUUCCGGGACCCGGGAUUGGACACCCUAUAUGAGCGUUGUAUUCGAGCACGCGUUCUCAGCUGGCUUCCACCCAUCAGAAAUCUUGGACAGCAUCGCCAGUAUGCGUCCUACUCCUGGCAUGCGGGAGCUGAUCACCACAUUGGCGGAGCAGGGCUGGGACGUCGUAAUACUAACCGAUGCGAACACAGUCUUCGUGAAUCAUUGGAUUAAGACGAAUGAGUUGCAGGACGCCAUAACAACAAUAGUAACAAAUCGUGCUUUCUGGCAAAAUGAUCGGCUGUUCAUAGAGCCAUGCAUGCGUCAGACAUCUUGCCGUCUCUGUCCCUCGAACCUAUGUAAAUCGAUUGCGCUGGCGCAGAUUUGUAAGAACAAGAAUUACACACGUGUUGUGUACAGUGGGGAUGGGCGGAACGACUUCUGUCCGUCAACGAAAUUGCUUAGUAAUGGAACAGUAUUCCCGCGAAAAGGAUACCCUCUCGACGAGUUAAUAAAAAAGUCACUGGCAACACCGGAACCACAGAUUAAGGCCAAAGUCGUCCCGUGGAUUGACGCUUACACGAUUAUCAAUGAAUUGUUUCCGAAAUAAGUUUUGGACUCGAUGAUUUUCAGCCAUUCGUUCUUAAGUACAGCUUACAGUAAAUACGAUUGACUUGCGUAAGGCGUACUUACCUAAGAACUGUACAUUAUAAUUCCGCUAAAGUGUACAAUGUAACUGUAGUUAUCUUUUAGUAACAAAACAGUUUUCGAUAAUAUUUUUUUGUUUGUUGAAUAAUAUAAUUGUUGAAAUUAGUUGUUUUAAAUACCGCACAAAGCCUAGAAGUAGUAUUUUCGAACGGAAGUGAAAUGUUUUCUGAAGGGUUAACCAUUCCAGGAAUGAUUCCUCAUUCUAGGAAUAUUUAUAGCACUUGUAGAAUAAGAAAUUUGUAUCAUUUUUCAUAAAUAACACUCCUUUUUAGAGGGGUAUAAGUUGGUCGUGUCCAAGGUAUCGUAGCUUCUAAAUAUGUGUUACGCUGACGUUACUGUGAUUGGUCUGCAUUUUAAAGGCCGGCAACCCAAUCGCGAUACCUGAUAUUGAUCAUUUUCGAGAAGGAUUAAUGUCGGUCCGCUGAGAGAGGUCUGUUGUUUAUGAAAAUAGUUGUUUUUGAUGAACGCACCUUUAACGUAUUCAUUUGUUCGAUAAAAUCUCGAAAAUUUCUAUAAACGUCCAUCUCACCAAGCUUUACGUAGUGAAUUGUUCUAAUAAAUGUUUGAAAAAA